AUGUUAGUCAUCCUAUAUCAACAAUUCGCAAUGUGCGAACGUCGUUGUCGUUGUCUUGCGAACAAUUCAUCGUGUUGGCCAAAUGCUUUAGCAUGGGAAGCAUUCAAUAAAACAGUUGGCGGACGUCUUCUUUUACCCGAACCAUCGGCUGCUGUAUGCAAUGGAAAAACAUAUGAUGCAGAAGCAUGUACUUUAGCUAAAGCACAGUGGUAUAAUGCAACGUGGCGUAGUGAUCAAACAGGUGCAAUGCAAAAUCAUAAUUGGGAAAAUAGUUCAUGUUCAGUUUCAUACAAUAGCACGACAUGUAAUCAAGGUUCUGUAGCUGUAUUUGCUGUCGAUGCAACACUACCCGAACAUGUUCAGACAACGAUUCGUUUUGCUGCUUCGAAUAAUCUUCGUUUAGUUAUCAAAAGUACGGGACACGAUUAUUUAGGUAGAUCAACAGCUACCGGAUCUUUACUUCUAUGGCUUCAUCAUAUGAAAACUAUGACACUGAUUGAACAAUAUUCAUCUUGUGGUCAUACUACUGUACUGAAUGCUGCUCGAAUAGAUGCAGGUGUGCAAUGGGGUGAAGUUUAUCGAUGGUUGAAUGAAUUCAAUUUGACAGCCAUCGGUGGAGCAGCUGGAUCUGUAGGAGUGACUGGUGGUUACGUGCAAGGUGGUGGUCACAGUCCCCUAUCACGUUGGAAAGGCAUGGCAGCUGAUCAAGUACUCGAAUACGAUGUCGUUACUGUAGAUGGACAACGUCAAACAGUAAGUGAAUGUCAGAAUGGCGACUUAUUUUGGGCGUUGAAUGGUGGCGGCGGUGGCACUUUUGCCGUAGUACUCUCGGUUGUACUAAGAACAUUCCCUUCUCCAAGUAUCGUUGUUGCUACAUUUGAUGUAACUACACCAAAUGAAGCUCGAUACAAAAGCUUGACAGAAGAUUUCAUUCGAUUGGUUUCAACAGUGGCUGAUGCCGGUUGGUCUGGUUAUUUCACCAUGCUCGAUAUGAAAUUGACCGGCGUAUUUCAUGUACCUAACGGAAAUUUAACAGCAGUCAAUGUCACAUUAACUGACUUUGCCAUUAAAAAUUCUGAUUUGGAUUUUGGGAAGACACUAAUGUUUCCUCUUCAAUCAUUUUAUGAUUAUUUUGCAAUCAUACUGGAACAAUCCAAUCCUACUGGAUUCAAUGUUCUACUCAGUUCACGUCUCAUUCGGGAAAGUACGGUUCGUAAUUCGCCAGAAAAAGUCGCUGAAGUAUUUGCCCAAGCACGAGGUCAAUCCAGUACCGGAUCGAGUCUUCUUGGACAUAUUGUAGCCGGUGGAGCAGUAUCAAAUAUAUCAAACACAAAUAACAGCAUUAACCCAGCAUGGCGUACUGCUCUCCUUCAUAUGGUAUAUUCGCAGGGUUGGUUAGAUACAACACCUGAAGACAUUCAACAAUAUUUAGCUAAACAAGUUACACAUCGAGCAGAAAUUUUAGAUCAACUAUCGACUGGUUCACAGCCUAGUUGCUACUCUAACGAAGCUGACCCGAAUGAAGUUAAUUGGCAAGAGAACUUUUAUGGUUCACAAACAAUUUACAAUCAACUAAAAACUAUCAAAGAUAAAAUUGAUCCGCUUGGACUACUUGUUUGUAGACACUGUGUCGGUAGUGACGACUGGACGUCAGAUCUCAAUUGUCCGACAACCUCGGAUCUACCAACUACACAACAUCCUGGCAAUUCAACAAUAUCCAACCUUUCUGUAUUAUCGACUAAAAUUGAACAAGUUUUAUUGGUAUCGCUCAUCAUUAUCCAAAUGUUUCUAUCAAUAUAUUAA